UCUUCGCAUUGUUUUUAAAUGCAUUCAUUGUGAUAAACAAAGCACUAGUAGUCCUUCAAAAUAUAUUGGCUCAUUAACUCCCUAAUAAUUAUAUUUGCGUGAAAAAAUUCGCAUGUUCUUGCUACCUCCAACAGUCAAACCUCGACAGCUUAAAUUUAAGGCGGCAAUAUAAUAUGACAAAUCGCGAAAUAUUUAAAUCUGCUUCUGUAUACUCUUGCAACAGUUACAACCGAUACCAAUAAGAUGUGGCAUAUAUUACAACAGAUACCGAUAUGUUUUAGUGUGUUAUUUUUGUGUACAACUCUUAUUAAUGGACAAAAUUUCGUUGGUUCUACCGCAAAAUUAAGUGUUAAAGUGUACUUUGAAUCUUUGUGCCCAGAUAGCUUGAGUUUUAUAAGAAAUCAAUUAUACAAGAACUGGCAGGACAUAGCACAGUAUGUUGAUCUGCAGUUGAUACCCUUUGGAAAAAGCGCUAGUUACGAAAAUGGGACAAGAUUUACCUGUCAACAUGGCACACUAGAAUGUAAGGGGAACAGGAUGAUGUCCUGCGUUCUACAAAGGACGCCCAAUCAGAAUUUGCAAGUCGAAUACGUAAAUUGCUUUAUGAAUAGCUACAGAAAUGCCAGAAUUGAUAAAGAUGAAUUUGGUCAACAGUGUGCUGCACGGAUUGGUAUCGAUUUUGACGACACCUAUAAAAAGUGUUACUUGACAAGAAAAGGAACAGAACUUCAACUUGAAGCUGAACGUCAAACAAUAGAUGUCAAACUGAAAUUCGUACCUACUAUAGUUUAUAAUGGGGUAUUUAGCCAACAACUGCAAGACACCAGUUUGAACAAUUUCCGCAAUGUUGUAUGCGAUUUGAUAAAAGAAGCUUUCCCCGAGGCGUGCAAACAUACUUCUGUAAUUUCUUUGUGAAAAUAAACUAUUUAUUAUCGUUU